UAGGCAUUUUGGAAAUGACUCGCUACGCGCAGCUCGUGAUCGGGCCGGCGGGCAGCGGCAAGUCGACGUAUUGCUACCAUUUGCAGCAGCAUUGCAACACGAUCGGGCGGAACCUGGAUGUGAUCAAUCUCGAUCCAGCGGCGGAGGAUUUCAAAUACGCGGUUGCUGCAGAUAUAAGAGAGCUUGUUCCUCUGGAGGAUGUGAUGGAAGAAUUUAACUAUGGACCAAACGGAGGCCUCAUCUAUUGCAUGGAAUAUCUUGAGGAGAAUAUGGACGACUGGCUUGCAGAGAAACUAGAAGACUAUAUCGACGAUGACUACGUUGUCUUCGACUGUCCAGGUCAGAUUGAGCUCUACACACACAUCCCCGUGUUUAAAAGCCUCGUCGAGCAACUUAAGCGCUGGGAUUUUAAUCUGUGCGCUGUCUACCUCCUUGAUUCUCAGUUUGUUUCUGAUGUUACCAAGUAUAUAAGUGGAUGCCUGUCGUCCUUGUCUGCUAUGGUCCAACUCGAACUUCCUCAUGUGAAUGUCCUCACGAAGAUGGAUCUCGUGGCCAAGAAAAAAGACAUCGAAGACUACCUUGACCCUGAUCCGGUUUUCCUACUGUCGGAGAUGAAUGCAAAUACCGCUCCACGAUACGGAAAGCUCAACGCCGCACUCGCAGAAUUGAUUGACGAUUACAGGAUGGUCAACUUCGUACCUCUGGACGUCACAAGCGAAGACAGUUUGCAGUAUCUUCUCUCCACUAUCGACAAUGCGAUUCAGUAUGGAGAGAACAGUGAAGUCAAGAUAAAGGACUACGAUCCUGAUAUCGGCGAUGGCAUGUCGUUCAACAUGGAUGCUGAUAUCGAGACAGAUAACUUCUAACGUCUAGUAGUAUGUAACAUACUUUCCGGUGCUAAUUCAGUUUCGAAAUGUUGUAUAGCA